AUGUCAAAGCGUACAGUAUUAAAUGAAGUGUACAAGGGGCUGGUGCAGUCGAUGUCGAUACCCGCCGAACUGCACGAUAAGGACGGCAAGAAGUUCGCCAGCUUUGAUUCAGUAGUGCCAAUACACUGCUGUACCCCAGAAGAGGUAACAGAGCGGGCGAAAAGCACACAUCACUACUGCGACGUGUUCACGGAGAAGCUUCUCGCACCCCUCGGCGAACUUGCAUAUGUGCGUCUUGAUGAGAACACUGCUGAAAAGAUAUUUAUAAACCGGAGCAAGCGUAUCCUGAUGGUAUCGAGCGACGGCUGUCUAGCACAGUGGCGCUGUGCUGCUACUUUCGAAUCUGCCAACCAUUACAUAGCUGGCACCCCUAUAGUUAACAAAGAGGGCGCGCUUGUUUCUGUUGUUACCGCUAAGAGGGGUAAUCAUUACGCUGUCUCCACUUUUGAGGGUGAAGGUGGGUACUUCGAAACUUCGCUACCAUGGGAAAUAGUACACCCGAUGAAUGGCGAUCUCAUGUACGGCGAUAAAACUUUUCAAUCCCGCGAUGAACUACGUAGUUAUAUAGCGGAGCUAUCGCCACCAGAAGUAUCAGCGGAACUGCCUGUCAGACCUAUUUUAUUGACCGGUGCGAUUCCUAGAUUGUCUGUGAUCACUCAGAAUGGCCGCCAAAUAGCCCAUCAAUAUCUUCACGGCGUGCACGCGUCGGAUGUUCAGUAUCUUUAA